UGCGUCAUGACGUAGCAGGCGGGAGUUGUGACGCUGCGUUUCCUUGUUUUCAACGCAGCGCGGGAGAUUCAGGAGAAGAGGAGAAGUCUGUGGCGUCACCCGCGGAAAGAAUCUGGUGGUUUUCUUAAAAUGCCGUCUGAAAGGAAGCCGAUGCGCUACGGACACUCGGAGGGACACACCGAGGUCUGCUUCGAUGACACUGGGAAGUUCAUUGUAACCUGCGGAAAUGAUGGAGAUGUUCGGAUAUGGGAGGGUCUGGAUGAUGACGACCCGAAGUUCAUCACUGUCGGGGAAAAGGCGUACUCUCUGGCUCUCAAGAACGGCAAGCUUGUGACAGCAAGUUCCAACAACACAGUGCAGAUCCACACGUUUCCCGACGGGGAUCCUGACGGCAUCCUGACCCGGUUCACCACCAACGCCACACACGUCACCUUCAACAGCAGCGGCUCGAGAGUUGCUGCCGGCUCUAGUGACUUCAUGGUUAAGGUGGUGGACGUGGCGGACAGCAGCCAACAGAAAACACUCAGAGGCCACGAAGCGCCUGUUCUCAGUGUCACCUUUGACCCCAAAGAUGACUUCCUGGCGUCAGCCAGCUGUGACGGCUCCGUCGUGGUGUGGAAUAUUGAGGAGCAGACUCAGGUGAUCAGUUGGCCUCUGCUGCAGAAGAGCAAUGACGUCAGUAACGCCAAAUCUCUGUGUCGACUGGCCUGGCAACCGAGGACGGCAAAGUUUUUAGCAGUUCCCGUGGAGACCAAGGUGCACCUGUACGAGCGAGGGUCCUGGGAUCAUGUGACCACGCUGUCUGAUGACCUGCUGACACAGCCGAUCAACGUGCUGGUCUGGUCUCCGUGUGGACAGUUCCUGGCGGCCGGCAGCGUCGGAGGUUUACUGACGGUGUGGGACGUCAACAGCAAGCUGUGUGUGGAGAGGCAGAAACACGAGAAGGGCUUCACGGUGUGCGGUCUGGCCUGGCACCCGUCAGGCAGCCAGAUCGCCUACACGGACACGGAGGGCUGCCUGGGCCUGCUGGACGGACUCAGCACCUCCUCAUCUACCUCCAUCACCACGACAACCACCACCAAGGCGACGGCUAAAAAGCCAGAAAAAGAUUAUGACGACCUGUUCGAUGACGAUGACGACAGACUCAUGGACGAAGGACAGAGCGACACCAACUCCCCGGCUAAGAAAGCCAUCGCCGGGGGCGACGACGAUGACGACGACGACAUCCUCAUGCCUGCGACGGGGCGGGUGAGGAACAGAGGGGCGAUCCUGGAUGAUGAGAACUCGCUGGAUACAGGCUCCCUGAGGCUCGGUCAGGGUUUAUACGGGGACGAUGACGACGCAGGCAGCGCCGUAGAACCAGCAGCCGCCCCGCUGGUCCCCUUGCGUCCCGUCUACGAGGGACCCCUGCCGACGCCGCCCCAGAAGGCCUUUCAGCCGGGCUCCACCCCCGCUCACCUCACUCACCGCUUCAUGAUGUGGAACUCGGUGGGGAUUGUUCGAGGCUACAACGACGAGCAGGACAACGCCAUCGACGUGGAGUUUCACGACACGGCCGUGCACCACGCCAUGCACCUCACCAACUCGCUAGGUCACACCAUCGCCGAUAUUUCCCAGGAGGCCGUGCUGCUCGCCUGCCCCAGCACAGACGAGCUCGCCAGUAAGCUCCAGUGCCUUCACUUCUCAUCUUGGGACACCAACAAGGAGUGGAUGGUGGACCUGCCGAAGGGCGAGGACGCGCGGGCGCUGUGUCUGGGUCAAGGCUGGGCGGCGGUCGCCACCAGCGCGCUGAUGCUCCGGCUCUUCUCCGUCGGGGGAGUCCAGAGAGAAGUCUUCAGCCUGCCGGGACCCGUCGUCUGCAUGGCGGCGCACGGAGAGCAGCUGCUCAUAGUCUACCACCGGGCUACUGGUUUCGAUGGAGACCAGGCCCUGGGAGUCCAGCUGCUGCAGUUUGGUCGAAGAAAGAGGCAAACCAUCAACGGCGAACCCCUCCCGCUCUCCCACAAAUCCCACCUGUCCUGGCUCGGAUUCACCGCUGAGGGAACGCCGUGCUACGUGGAUUCGGAGGGGAUGGUGCGGAUGAUGAAUCGCUCUCUGGGCAACACGUGGACUCCGGUGUGUAACACCAGAGAGACCUGCAAGAGCAAAUCAGACCACUACUGGGUGGUCGGAGUUCACGAGAACCCUCAGCAGCUCAGGUGUAUUCCAUGUAAAGGCUCCAGGUACCCCCCCACCCUGCCCAGACCUGCUGUGGCCAUCCUGCCCUUCAAGGUGCCGCUGUGUCAGACCACCACAGAGAAAGGACAGAUGGAGGAGCAGUUCUGGCGUUCAGUCCUCUUCCACAACCACUACAGCUUCCUGUCCUCCAGCGGUUACGAGAUCGACGAGGACGGACAGAGUCAGUCGCAGAAGGAGCAACAGGAGCUGCUGAUGAAGAUGUUUGCAUUGUCGUGUAAGCUGGAGAGAGAGUUUCGCUGCGUGGAGCUGGCCGAGAUGAUGACCCAGAACGUGGUGACUCUGGCCAUCCGAUACGCCUCCAGAUCCAGACGCAUGGCCCUCGCCCAGCGGCUCAGUGAGAUCGCCCUGGAGAAAGCCAACCAGAUCCAGGAAGAAGAGGCAGAGGAGCAGGAAGAGGAGCCAGACUACUCCAGUAUCAGGCGGACCACAUCUGGGUACGGCAGCAGACACACUCAGGAGGAGGAGGAGGAGGAGCGCGAAGAAGAGCUUGAGGAGGAAGAGGACGGACAGGAGAUGGAGACGGAGGAGUCGGCAGAAGCCCGAAAACGUCUGAAUCCGUUUGCUAAAGAGGCGAGUUCAACCGUAACGCCGUCUCCGACACCCGUUGGUAAAGCGGGACGUGCAAACCCUUUCAAGGUUCUCGGUGCGGCGAAACCUUCAGCUGCGGCCGGUCAGCCUCGAGUGACGAACAUCCUGGACAACAUGACGUCCAGCAGGAAGUCGGCUCCACUCGGCGGCUCUGCAGGGAAAUCAAGCAAAAACCCCGUCCUCAAACCGCUGGCCCCCAGACCCAAAACAAAGACUCAGUCGACUCUGCUGCAGAUGACCACCACAAAAGCGGCCAAUAAGAAGAAUCAGGCGAACACAGAACCGGCUGCAGAUCAGCAGAAGCAACCAGACGUCCCGCCUCCAGCCUCUCCGGAGAACACGGAGAAUAAAAGACCGAAGACGGGCUUCCAGCUGUGGUUGGAGGAGAACAGGAAGAGCAUCGUCGCCGACCAACCUGACCUGCAGGAGACGGACGUCAUCAAGGAGGCGAUGGGACGCUUCAGGACGCUGUCAGCGGAGGAGCGGCUGUCGUGGACAGAAAGAGCAAAAGGCCAGACUGGAGAUGCAGCAGAUCUGAAGAAGAGGAAAAGAGAAGGAGGAGGAGGAGGAGGAGGAGGAGGAGAUGCGGAAAAUGUAAACGGACAAACAGAAGCAGAUGAAAAUAGCGCCAAGAAGAAAAAAUCUUUGGAUCCUUCCUCCAAGCUUUCAGCGUUCGCUUUUAACAAAAACUAAACAUUUAAUAGUUUGAUGUUUGUUUUUUGUUCAGACGACAGAAACAAAAGGAUCAAUGAAAUGUAUUUUUUCUUCCACAGGUGCUAAAUCUUGUUCAUUAUAUGUUCACUGUGCUUUGAGGCACUUAAUAAAAAAAACAUUUAAAGCCCUUAAAUACCUUUAAAGUUAGUGAUGGAUCAGCGACAUUCAUCGACUCGUUCUAAUAAUCAAGUGUGAUGGUUUUGUUUCUUAUUGUUGUUUGUUUGAUUUUACAGUUUAAAAACUCUUUACUGUAUUUUAACAAGUGAAAUAAAUGUAAAUGUUUGUUAAUUCAUGUUUCAGUCUUUGUUUUUCUUUUUCAUUUAAAGCAGUGAAAUGUCAGUAGAAACAAUAAAUCGCAUGUAAAGUCCA